AAUGAAUAGAGUUCAUGGCAACAAAAGAAAAAUCUUACCAUUUUCAUCAUAUCUUUGGCAAUGAAGAAUCUUUACUGACGAGAAGAGAAAGGGGAAAUGCCUUCAGUUUCAUAAAAUAUUCCUGCAUUUUUGUCAUAUAUAAUUAAUGAGUAUAGCUUUGGUUGGUGCUAUGUCAACUUCCCCUCCUUCAUUCAAACUUGGAGCUUUUAUAAAUUAUUGAAUGUGCCAAAUAAUUUUGACUUGCUUUCCAACUGGAUCUGCCUUUUAAAUGUAGGAGUAAUAAUUUUCUUCGUGGCUUUCACUUUGGAAAUCAAUUUUUUCUUAAAGUCAUGUGAGUGAGACCAUUAUGUGGGUAAAAUCUUCCACUCAUCCUCUAUAGGUAUGAGCAAAAUACCAAAGAGCCAACUCAUGAGUUAUAGCAAGGUCCCAUAAAGUUUUUGGCUUGAGGAUUCCAGUCUGGAUAGUAAUUCACCAGAUCAGAGAAAAAGAUUGGCAGACUUCUCAAGUUAAGAGUCAUGUCUAUGCUAAAAAGAGUAAUCCACAAUCUUGCAAAACUUAGUACAAGAGGUACUCCAAAAAGAUCCAGAUCUGCAGGAACAAAGUUGCUUCUUUCCUCAGAGGAAACAACAGAAGUUAUAUUCCUCCCAAAAGCAAGAUCCUUUUGUAAUAGCACAGAUCUUUCCAAGAAUGAAUCUGAAGUUAUCAAACAUGAAAACAUAUGUAGAGAAUCUGGAAAGACAACAAGUGUCUUUGAUUUCAAAAGUUACAUGGUUCAAAAGAUCAAAUCUGUCAAUCAAGCCUUAGAUGCUGCUGUUCCAAUCAGAGAGCCUAUCAAGUUCCAUGAAGCAAUGAGAUACUCACUCCUUUCUGAAGGCAAGCGGGUUUGCCCUGUACUCUGCAUAGCCGCCUGUGAGCUUGUUGCUGGCCAAGAAUCAACGGUGAUGCCUGCUGCUUGCGGAAUGGAGAUGAUAAUCUCUAUGUGUCUGAUGCACGACGACCUUCCCUGCAUGGACAAUGGUGAUCUCCGUCGAGGAAAGCUGUCAAAUCACAAGGUUUUUGGUGAAAAUGUCACUGUUCUAGCUGGUUAUUCACUUGUUGCCUUAGCAUUUGAGCAUAUGGCAACAACCACUAAAGGGGUGCACCCAAAAACAAUGGUUCGUGCUGUUGGAGAACUAGCAAGAUUGAUAGGACCAGAGGGGGCAGUGGCUGGCCAGGUGCUUGACUUGCUGUGUGGAGAUAAUUCUGAUACUGGAUUAGAAGAGCUCAAGUAUAUUCAUAGUCACAAGACAGCGGAUUUUACAGAGGCCGCGGCCAUUGUAGGAGCAUUGGUUGGUGGUGCGUCUGAGGAGGAGAUUAAUAGAGUUAGGAAAUUCUCGCAGUGUUUUGGACUGAUGUAUCAGGUUGUGGAUGAUAUUCUUGAUGUUACUAAAUCCUCUGAGCAAUUAGGAAAGACAGCGGGGAAGGAUUUGUUGGCUAACAAAUUGACGUACCCAAAGAUGAUUGGCAUUGACAAGUCCAAAGAAUAUGCUCAAAAACUUAGCAAGGAGGCCAAGGAGCAGCUUGUUGGUUUUGAUCCAGAGAAGGCAGCUCCACUACUUGCUAUGACAGAUUUCGUUCUUCAUCGGCAAAAAUGAUCUUGUUAAGAUGAUUAUUUAUCUUUAAUUGUACACAUUUUAUUUUUCAUGGUAGGGAUUAGAGCUCUUUCAAUUCUUUUAUCUCUAAAUAUGAAUGUUGCUUAAUUGUUCAUGUGAAUAUUUUUGUCCAAAAGGACAAUGUACGCCGUUGCCAGGGAUCGAACCCGGGUCACCCGCGGGAAUACUUACCACUAUACUACAACGACUGCUUGUUGAUUCACUAGGGAAUGGAAGCUUCAAGGAGAUUCAACAGAUGAAAUUUGUGAUUCUGAAUCAAAGAUAAAAGAUAUUUAUUUUGUCAUUUCCUUGGUCAAAUUUCACAUUUCUCCCAACAUCUUAUUCUCUGUUUAUAUAAAUCUUUUGAAGUUGCUAGAAAUAGUCCAAGUUUUUCUCUUUUUGUUGUUUAUUGGCUUGUUUUAGUUUAGCAUGUUUUUUCUGCAUACAAAUCGAAGUAAUGAAUAUUGUGCGUUUGUAGUGGUUUUGUGAUUUGUCAUA